CCCACCGGAGUACAGGUGAGCAGCAUGACUAAAACCAACACACACCAAACAGGAAGGAGCAGGAAUUUUAUCUGUCACUGCGAUUGCUGCACACUUGGUCACCUGCAGCCUAUUAUAUUUAUCUUUGCGGGGUGGUUCUGGACAGAAAAUGGACAUUGAGAGGAACUAGAUAAAGCACAGCAACCUUUCAUCCUUUUAUCUACAGCUGAAGCCUGGUCCGCCAAACAAAACAGUUUUUUACUGACUGGGUGAACAACCAGAACGCAGACAUCAAAUGUUGACAUCUUUUCUACAAGGAGCAAAACAAACAAACUGAAAAUCUAAAUGGUGGAGCUGCCGACUGCAGAAUUACUGUAUUCAUGACAAAUACUUAGUUUUAGUGUGCUGAUGCAUUUCAGUAUUAAUCAAAACUACCCCCUGAAGAAAUACAAACAAUCCUUCUCAAUUGUGAUUUUGUGAAUAAACAAAAUAACUGAAAUUGAUUAUCCUGCCUUUAAAGGCUGUGUCUGGAUUUAAUGUGUGAUAAAUAACACAGAAUACCAGAAUAAAGCAAUUUUAGUUGAAUACAUUGGCGCUAUGAAUACAAACAAGUCUCUGGAAUGACCUUUUCAGAGUAAAAUGUUAUUGCUCACAUGCACCUAACGGCAGGAAGCUGCCAUAUACACAGUUCCCCUUCAUGUCACUGUAGAGUUAUGAUCUCCAAGAUAAAGGGCAGAUCCUUUUCUCCGAAAGAAAAAUAAUCUGCGGGCUGGAGAUUGGGAUGCAGACGAAAAGCAUGUUUUGGUGACCAAAAUAGCAGAGGAGGAAGAGCAACGUCUGGGAAAGAAAAAAAGGAGUAUUAGAGAGAUGCGAAUAGAGAAAGUGGACUGCUUCUCAGCCUUCUUUGCCAGAGUUUCAACAGAGCACAACAAACUUGUGCAAUUUUCCUGGCAAUUGUCCAUGGGAGUGUAUCGAAGGUACAUCGGAACUGACCCUCCUAGGAGGUCCUGUUAGAUCGAGAAUAAUGCUUCAUGAAGACCAAAGCAAGAGCACACUUCUUCCAUCAAAUUUCAGCUGACUUCAGGACAACAUUUUGAAGGAUUAUUGCUGAAAAGGGACCGGAAGCAGCAACUUGGAAAGCUGAGCUAUUCUUUUCUUUGUCCUUUUUUGUGUGUUUUCCUGUAUUUCUAAACACACUAACUGCCUGCCAGUGAGCACUAAAACUUCCAUCUUCCAACUGGACCGACAGUUUUAUCUAAUUAGGAGAGAAGAUUGAGCUGACUGGAACGAAACACUUGUAUAUCCCCCUGCCAAAGGCUUUUGCUUCUGCUUCUGCAGAAUCAUUUUACCGUGGGUAGCAUGGAGAUGGACAAGGGACAUACGUCUGUCAGGAGGGGAGUGAGCUGGAGUCCAGGAGGAUUGAGAAAACCUCUUCAGGCAACGCAAAACACGCACACUCCAGGGACAGAGUGCAAUGCAUCAUGGGAGACGACAGGAUUCAACAAAGAACAGAUGAGCCGGAAAACAAAUCUGACCAGGAGCGCCAGUUUAUCAGAGAAGGAGCUAAAGGAGGCUCGUGUCAGGAGUCAGAUCAUCGCUGCUCAGCUCACCGUCCCUUCCAACUCCAGCUCCAGAGGCGUGCAACUCUUCAACCGGCGCAAGCAGAGGGUCAGCGCCUUCACGCUUGAAAGCUGCGGAGAGGGGUCAGGCGGGGACAGAGUUGAGAACGUGAAAACAGACCCCUCAACUAACCAACUAACAUGGGCAGAGAGGAGCACUGAAGAAAAAGAUAGAGACCUGAACUUUAAGAAUAGCAAGCCACUCUUGUCACCACCUGGGACGGUACGUUCAGCUGGUGAUAUCAUGGAGGAACCCGGUAAAGAUUUCUACAAGGAAGACGACAUGGAGGAUAGUGUUAUCCAAGAGAGACAUUUCCUCCCUGUUAAGGAAGAGCAGGAGGAAGAGGAAGAGGAAGAGGCAAGAGAUAAAAUCCACAAGGAGCUCGAGGACAAAGUCAAGGAUGAGAUUCCCCCUGGAAGUAAUAAUACUGAUCCAGUUCUGAUGAGACAUGCUGAAGGGGAGGCAGAGAUAAAUAGGGGCCAUACAGGGCCAGUUCCCCCUGGAAAGCUUCAUAAUGGCUGCCACAGUACCUCUGGACCUGGGAGAGUGCCUGUUCCAACAUCCAAGCAGACAAGCACCAUCAUCAAUCGAACUGCCAGGCCCUUUUUUUCGCCGCUGACAGUGCAGUCACCAGAGGCAGCCAGCCCUGUCAUGGACAUUCCCCCUCCUCCUUCUUACGACACUCCUCCUCUCCCUGCUUUCACUGCUCCUCAACCUUUGGCGUUCUCACCUCCUCCUCCGCCUCCGUCAUAUCCCACACCUCCUUUACCGGCCUUUACAAACCAGCCUCCGCAAACCUACUACUCCAGUCCACCACUGAUGUCUCCUGUCAUGUCCCCUCCACUGCCCGAGUUCCCUGUGUGUUCUGUGUCUCAGUACCCACCCAUGCCUCAUUAUGGUCCUCCCACAGCUCCAAAGCCCUCCACCUUUGUUCCUCAGCCUGCUGGAGAGAGGAAGCUGAUAACACCAAUGAAAUCAGGAAUACUUGAGGAGGGUGCUGCUAGAAGGGGAAAUAGGAAGUCAAUGUUCACAUUCAAAGAGAAGACAGUGGUAGCGCCGAACCCUGAGCUGCUCUCUCUGGUGCAGGGGGUGGAUGAAAGGAAGAAACAUGGACAUAGAUCUAUGCCUGAGCCAGCAUCCGAGGAAGAGUUGCUGGCGCUGGGGGCAGAGGCCUCCAACUUCCUCGCCAAGGAAGAGGACAGGGCAGAGGAGGCAAGAUCUCCAGAGUGGGCUUCCUGCCUCAAAACCUCCAGGACCCGUCCGAGGGCAGAUCACAUGCCAGAGCAGAGCCUCACCAAUGUAUCAGGAAAGGGGGCUGAGCUGUUUGCAAAGCGUCAGUCCAGGAUGGAGAAAUAUGUGGUUGAGAAGCAAAAUUCAGGACAGAUUAGGUCUCCUUCUCCCACUAUGUCUCUGCCACCAUCUUGGGUGUACCCAGCAAACAUGCCCGGCAGGGUCAAGGCUAUUGCUAAAAACUCUGACAUGGGUGCUCAGCUUUCACAAAACCUACAGGCCCAACAAGCAGUCAAGCAAAAACCAAGACAAAAAGCUCCAGCACCAGAGCCAAUUCCAGAGCCUCCUUUAGAAAAUGGUUGCUCCAAGAUAGAGAUGGACCUGUCAAGGCACCGGCCCUACCAGCUUUCCUCUUCCCUCUUCAUCCUUAACCCAGUCAAGGACCCCCUUAGUACCUUACCCAGAGGUGCACCGCAGUCCAAGAACCUGAUAUCUACCCAGCCUUUCUCGAGACAGACUGCCUUACUUCAUAACCCUCCUUCUCACUUCAGUACCCAGCAUAUGUCUUCACAGAUGCCUCUCAGCCCCACAAGAGGAGGAGCAGAAUAUCCACCAAAUCCAGCCUAUGGGCAGCCAAGGAUCAGUUCUCCUAUGUCGGCCUUUUCUCCAGAGCGAGUGUCCUCUCCUCGGUCAGGGGUCCAGGCACCAAGGCCCAUGUUUUCUGCAAAGAAGGCAGGGAUUGCACCACAGACACCAAAGGAUUCCUCCUCAGUUGAAACCCCCAGUGAGACUCCCACGCCAACCAGGACGCCCAUCCUCACCAGACGUUUCAGCAGCCCAGAGGGCCCUGCCACUGGGACCUGGACUCCCAGCAUCCAAACUAAUCGGCCGUCCACUACCAUCACUAGCCGCUCAGUUACUUCUCCUGUAUCCUCGCCCAGGGGUACAAGAUGCCAAUCCCCUAUGGCCAGUCAGAAUAUCCAAUUUUCUGCGGUUACCUCCACUACAACAUCUAGACCCUCUCAAACAUUUACAGCCACCUCUCCACGCUCACCUCCUUGGGGUUCAAGAUGUCAGUCCCCAAUGGUAAACCAGAAUACCCAGUCCUCUAGCAUCUCCUCCAUUACUGGUUACAGACCAUCCCAGACGUCUAUGACUACUUCCCCUCUUUCUCCUCCUUGGGGUUCAAGAUGCCAGUCCCCAAUGGUAAACCAGUAUACCCAAUCUUCCACUGUCACCUCCACAUCCACAUCCAGGCCAUCCCAAACAUCUACAGCCACAUCCCCACGCUCUCCUCCUUGGGGAUCAAGAUGCCAGUCCCCCAUGUUGAGCCAAAAUAGCCAGUCUUCCACCAUUUCCUUUGUUCCUACUUCCAGACCAACCCAAACAUCAAAAGCCACAUCUCCUGUUUCUCCUCCUUGGGGCUCACGUUCCCAGUCUCCUGCACUCUCUCAGACCAGUUUAUCCUUCCCUGCGACUAAACCUCUGUACACAUCUUCUGCAACAUCUUCUGUUCCCCCACCCAAAGACAGUCGCUGCAUGUCACCCAAUGUUAAUAACCCAGACUCUAAAGCCAACCAUCGCCUCCUGGCCAAGAACAUCAUCAAUGCAGCCAAACGUAAAAACAGCCCCUCCCCUGGAGCACUGAGUGGUCACAGCCUCCCCAUCUCACCACUGGGAAAUUCCCACCAUGGCUACGACUGUCACAAACCACCCAUCAGCCAUUUCCAGUCACGGGCAUUUGGGGCCCAGUCCCCUACCUUCACCAGUCCUCCUCCAACCCCAACACAGAGGAUUUGCUCCCCUGUGAGGCUCUACAACACUCGCUCCCUCACCGACUCUGAUGCCUCUGUUGAGUCUGAAGACUCAGGCCUCCGAUCACCCGGCCUGCACUCCUACAACACCUGCCCCCGGGGUUGGGGCGGUAGCCUGAGGGUGAAGAGAAGCACUGUCUCCACGGACCUGUGAGGGUGCAUGAUUUGAGUUUUCAUAGACUUUGGGGCUUCUGAUGGCAUUUCAUCAGCUAAAGGAAGAUACCUUUCUGUAACUUUAAAAACCGAUCCUGGACAAUGAUAAAUGUUGUAUCAAGCUAGUAUUAGUAUUUUAUAUGACUCACAUUCAUAGUAUGGACUGACAAGAACAAGCUCUUUACAUAACGCAGUUGCUGUGGCUUGUACGCUUCUUACAUACCAAAAAGACUGAAAAUACAGUAACCAUAGAUAUUUUAAUUCACUUCAAUUUAUGUUAUACUUUCUACACCAAACAUACAUUCACAUACAGCCACUCUCUAACUUAAAUAACGUUUAAGUAAAUGGUUUUUUUAAUGUUAUAAAUUAAUAAUCAUUAUGUUUGCUGGUCUGACGCAAGUCAAAAUGGGAAGAGACUUAAAGAAUUGUAAGGCAUAGAAGGGACACAUGGAAUGAGUAAUGUAUAAAUAUAUAGCUCAUUGGACUGUACAGGCAUUCUUAUUGUAUUAGUAAAGGAACACAAUUAACUAUUCAGUGAAUAUUGAUUUAGAUUAUACUGGAUAAAAGGAGUUUCCAUUAUUUUUCCAUAACGAAAGCACAGUGGUAGGUGGGACACAUGCUAAUCACAUUAUCAUACAGGGUCACAGUAUUCACCACAGCUUAUUAUCCAUUUUAAUCAAUGGAAAAUAAAUCAUAUGCAUAAUUAUCGCAGUGCAAUAAUCAAUUUAACACAGUGUAUGUUAUGUAUGUUAUAUGUUGAUUUAUGUACUGUAUUUGCUAAAAUGAUUGUAAGCUUAAUAACAGACAGAUUGACGGAGAAUGACGAAGAGAUGAAGAGAUGAAGAGAUGAAGAGAUGAAGAGUUAUGAGGAGGUUCGAUGGGGCAUUGACGGAGCUGUUCAAUCAAACACUGUUUCCAUGAUUCAGGAGAACGUUUUUUUAGCUAACGUUUAAACAUUGAUGAUGGACAACUUAAUGAACAAAUAUUAGCUGUCAACUUACAAAUGAAAUGGCAUAUUGAUUGUAAUACUCACAUUGGAGAUGGAUGUUUGUGUACCACAAUUUAUGUCACUUUUGCUGACCACCUGUAAUGUCUUUCAUGAGGAACAGAUUAACAUAUUCUGUGCCUGUACUUAUUGUACAAAGUGCCUGUUUGGAUGAUCAAAAGCGUAUGUCGGAGAAGGUACAACAAAACGUUGUUAAAAAAGGUUAGAAGAAUGUUGUAUGUUGUGAAAUAUUAAUCUAAGUGUUUGUGAGAAAAGGAUCAAAGGAAUGGAAUGUAUUUUAAAUACAUACAUAACUCUACUGUGCAUUCUCUUUAACUUCUGAAGAUUAUUUUUAUACUUGAUUUGCACUUCUGUUCAUUCCAUUUCAAGUUGGCAUUGUUUAAAAAUUGAUCUGCUCAAACAGGUGUCAUUCCCAAUAAAACCAGCAAAUAAUUGUCCUUCUGUAACAAUGAUAACAUUCCUGCACGAUUGAAUAUGUUGAAUUAGCUGUAAACCUCACUGCUGCCUUCAAACCACAUCUGUUUUUUUGUUUACGCCAUUUGCAUCUUGCCCAGUCCUGUGCCAUCGCACACAACAGAUCAUAUCUUCACUCCCUGACAUGUAGGCCAAAAGCAUCAGCACAUUUAUAAAUAUUUACUUCUGUGUGUCUUUCUGAGUGACAGGGACACCUGCUACACGGUGACCUGGCUCCUUCAGCAGGAUUAAGCCUAUUGCUGUCAUGGAUAGGUUUCAACCUGGGUCAUCUCUGGACAAACCAAACACUGCUGACAUCCUCAAACACAGCAAAUAAUUAUUGAAUGUUUGAGUAUUGCAAGCAGAUUAUUUUAGGGGGGUUUGUGAUGGCAUGCCUGCAUUUUUUCUAUCAAUACAGUUAAUUUUUCUUUCAUUUCAUAACUGUAUGAUGUCUGAAAAUUAAUGCAAAUAAAGUGAUGACACGACAAUUCAAA